AUGGAGUUCAAUACAAAAUUAACAGUCAAAAACAUCCAGAAAAUCAAGUGCAGUUGGCGUAGUGUCUAUUUGAUCACAUUUAAUGAAUCACUGCCAUUUGUACCAGGAGAUUCAUUAGCCAUAUUUGCACAAAACAGUCGCAAUAAAAUCAAGAAAAUUGCCAGUUUAUUCAAGUGGACUGUGACUGAUGAAUUGAAUGAUGUUGAUUUGGAUUUAUUCCCACGCAGAUCACUUCUAAGGGAUAUCAAAGAACACUGUUCCAACAAAUCAGCUCUUAAUCAAUUACUGAAAGAUGUGAGAGUAUACAAUGAACACGUUAUAAAGUACAAUUUAGAGGAUAUAGUAAGAUUAUUUGAUAUUGAUCAGGUGCCAAUAGAGACAUUCUUGAAGCACUCUGAUCGAAUUAAACCCAGAAACUAUACACUGAUCAAUAAAUCAGGUGAAAGCAUGAAGAUAUUGGUUGGAAUAAUAUCAAAGAACAAUAAAUUGGGACACAUCAGUGAAUUAGUGGAAAACAAUGAAAUGAAUCAGGUUAAAAUGAGUGGAUUCAUCAGAAAGAACAAACUGCUUGAAAAGUUGCAGAUGACACAUUUUGAUAGAGAAUUCGUUAUGAUAUGCACAGGAGUAGGAAUUGCACCAUUUAUAGCAUUUGAUGUCAAUUGCACUCUUAAUAAUCCUACGGUGAUAUAUGGAUACAGAAACAAUGAUGAUAAUUUGAUCAAUAUCUUUGAUAUAAACAAGGAUACCCUGAUAGUUGAAUGCAAAAGCAGUGAUGGGAAAAGAGUGACUGAUUCAAUUGAUAUUUUACGAGACAGAGAUGUGAAUGUCUUCAUUUGUGGGAAUAUCAAAAUGCAACGAGAUGUAUUCAAUCGUAUUAUGCUUGUGAAUAGGAAACUGGUUGAUCAAAAACAGGUGUAUUUUGAUAGUUGGAUGUAA